AUGUGCGAAGGAGCUCACUUAAUUACCGUCAGUUUAAAUAUCUCAUGUGUGUUGAAUCGAGUUAUUCGCAUUAUAAACUUUGUUAGAGGGAGCUCACUUAAUUACCGUCAGUUUAAAGUUUUACUUGACGAUUUUGGAUCAGAAUAUUUUGAAUUACCAUAUUACACUGCAGUUAGAUCGCUUAGCUGUGGUAAUGUAUUAAAUAGAUUUUAUAAACUUCAAAGUGAGAUUGAUAAUUUUCUAACCAGUAAAAAUAACUAUUAUCCCAAAUUAUCAGAUCUUGCUUGGCUAUCAAAAUUAUCAUUUUUGGUUGAUGUUACAACUCACAUGAAUGAGCUAAAUCUAAAAUUAUAA